CCCUGCUCCCGCGCGGCGCAAGCAGGCAGGCAGGGCUCGCCGGGGCGGGGCGGCCGGGGCGGGGCAGCGCCUGCUGGGAACAUCAUGGCUACUCUGGCCAACGGGCUAGCGCAGCAGCAGCAGCAGCACCAGCAGCACCAGCAGCAGCAGCAGCAGCAACAGCAGCCGCCUCCCGCCGGGCCCCCGCCGCCGCCGCCGCCGCCCCCACCGCCGCCGCCGCCGCCGCCGCAGGCGGAGAGCGCCGCUUUCAGCACCACGAACAGCGCCGCGAGGAUGAAUGGGCUGACGGCGCCGGCGCCCGGCCCGGGAGGCUCCAUCGCCAUGAAGGACCACGAUGCCAUCAAGCUCUUCAUCGGCCAGAUCCCGCGGAACCUGGAGGAGACCGACCUCAAGCCCCUCUUCGAGGAAUUCGGCAAGAUCUACGAACUCACCGUGCUCAAGGAUCGCUUCACCGGCAUGCACAAAGGUUGUGCCUUUCUUACAUACUGUGCCCGGGACUCAGCCCUUAAAGCUCAGAGUGCCCUUCAUGAACAGAAGACACUGCCUGGGAUGAAUCGUCCAAUCCAAGUGAAACCAGCAGAUAGCGAAGGCCGGGGAGAAGACAGGAAGCUCUUUGUAGGCAUGUUGGGGAAGCAACAAAGUGAGGACGACGUCCGGCGACUCUUCGAACCCUUCGGACAGAUUGAAGAAUGCACCAUCCUCCGAGGCCCCGAUGGAGCCAGUAAAGGAUGUGCCUUUGUCAAAUACGGAAGCCACGCAGAAGCUCAAGCCGCCAUUAGCACUCUCCAUGGGAGUCAGACCAUGCCGGGUGCAUCCUCCAGCUUAGUUGUGAAGUUUGCCGACACGGACAAGGAGCGAACUCUGCGGCGGAUGCAUCAGAUGGCAGGACAGCUGGGCAUCUUCAAUCCCAUGACGAUCCAGUUCGGAGCCUACGGAGCGUACACACAAGCGAUAAUGCAGCAGCAGGCAGCGCUCAUGGCUGCCGCACAAGGAAGUUGUCUCAACCCCAUGGCAGCCAUCGCGGCAGCACAGAUGCAGCAGAUGGCCGCUUUCAACGUGAGCGGCUUGGUGGCGGCUCCUAUGACUCCCUCGUCAGGUACAAGCACACCUCCAGGGAUCAGCACAGCUCCAGUCCCCAGCAUAGCUACCCCCAUUGGCGUCAAUGGGUUUAGCCCUCUCCCACCACAAACUAACGGACAGCCAGCAUCGGAAACCAUUUACACCAACGGGAUCCAUCCUUACCCAGCUCAAAGUCCCACCGUGGCAGACCCCUUGCAACAAGCCUACGCAGGCAUGCAGCACUAUGCAGCAGCAUAUCCAGCCGCCUAUGCACCAAUCAGCCAAGCCUUCCCACAGCAAACUCCCAUCAUCCCCCAACAACAGAGAGAAGGUCCUGAAGGCUGUAACCUCUUCAUUUAUCACCUGCCCCAAGAGUUUGGUGAUGCAGAACUCAUGCAGAUGUUCCUACCUUUUGGCAGCGUCAUCUCUGCCAAAGUCUUCGUUGAUCGUGCCACCAACCAAAGUAAAUGCUUUGGUUUCGUCAGUUUUGACAAUCCAACUAGUGCCCAGGCAGCCAUUCAAGCCAUGAACGGCUUCCAGAUCGGCAUGAAGAGGCUAAAGGUCCAAUUAAAGAGGCCAAAAGAUGCAAAUCGACCCUACUGAUCCCUGUUCACCCCAGCUCGGAAAACAGAUAUUUGAUCAGGAAAAUACGAACACUAUAAUAAUCGGUGGAAUAUGUUGGAUGCACAUAUUGUGCCGUUGUGAAUGUUGCGGGUUGCUUUUUUUUUUUAUGUAUCCAUUCUCUACAACUGCUUGAAUACUUUUAACAAUGAUGACCAAGGACAAGGAAAAAAGAUUGAUACCUCUGAUUUUUGUCAACUCUACCUAGGCUUGUCAGAAUGAAGGGAUCCGAGUUUUGCCUUACAGCAAAGCAUUUUUUUUUAAUGUAAAUAACAUUCCUUUUAGUUUUAGAAAAAAAAGAAGUCCAGGGAUGGUGGAAACGAACAUCCUUGCAGGGUAUGAGGUGAAGGCAGACAACUUAAGGUGCCAAAACCUGAAUGUGUCUAGUUCUGUAUA